AAAUUUGUAUUAACAAGUCUCAUAAUGCAGCGGAGAUUUAAUUGGCCCUAAAAUUGUAGACGAUGGCGCCAAGGAAAACUGCAAAGACUGCUGAAACUAAAAAGGCUGCGGAAGCAAAAACAAAAAAAACCACAAAGGCCGCAACCAAGGCAAAGGCUCCUGCCAAAACCAAGAAGACGGCGGCAAAGAAGAAGGUUGUAGAAGAAGAACCUAUUUCCAGCCCUGAACAAACUACACCUGUGUCGGAACCUGUUGCUUCUGAGCCCGCAGAGGUCCAAGUUGUUGAAGAGCCUAAGGAAGCUUCCCCUGAACCACUUACUGAGCCAGAAGUCCAAGCUCCAGAGGAAGAACCGGUACCUGAGGAACCCGUGGAAAACGCUGAAGCUCCUGUCGCGCAAAGUGUUGAUGAAGAAAAGAUCAAUGCCCACAGAAUUUUUAUCACAAGAAUAGCUUUUGAAGCUACAGAGGAUGAUCUUGAAGAAUAUUUCAGCAAAUUUGGAACUGUCCAUGAUGCGUACUGUCCUAGACAACAGAAUAACUCAAAUCUAAACAAGGGAUUUGGAUUCAUUUCAUUUGAUAAUGAGGAGGCCAUUCAAAAGGUAUUUGAGACCGUUCCUCAUAUAAUAAUGGGUCGUGAAGUCAUAGUUGAUAGAGCAACUGGACAAAAAUAUCACUCGGGAGCUGGAGGGGUUAAUAGGAGACCUAGCGGACAACCCCUUUAUCAAAGGGAUAGCUACCGUGAUCCAGGUCGCUAUAAACGCCAUUAUGACGGUUACAGCGAUCGUCCCGAUAAAUUUCCCAGGAGGGAUCGUGUAGAUAGGCCAUUCCCCUACCAAGAUAGGGAGCCUUACAAUCCUUCUAUUCCACCCUAUCGGCAAAACGCCGCGACUUUUGAUCCUAAUAAGCCAGUUAGCUAUGUUUUCUCUGGAUCUGCCAGAAAUGAGAGCAGUGGUGAUCAAUAUGCUCCAGGUACAUCUGCCAGGCCGCAAAGAGAAAGAACUACACCCAAACUGUUCAUUGGUAGAAUCAGCUUUGAUACAACAGUUCAAGGUCUACGUGCCUAUUUCUCACAAUUUGGUGAGGUUGUGGAUGCAUACAUCCCAAGAGAUUCUUACAACCAACGAAGCAAGGGGUUCGGAUUCCUCACAUUUGCAAACAAGAGUUCAAUACAUGCCGUUCUAGAACCGAACACCAAACAUGUUCUAGAUGGAAGAGAACUUGUUGUAGACUACGCUGAUGUUUACCACCGCAGAUCACACUAA